AUGCGUUCCUUCUUCUCUGUCAUCAUCCUCGCCGUCCUCGUCCUCCUCUCGUCUCCCACAACGGCGAGCCCAGCCCCGUCCGGCGUCGCGCGCAGGUCCGCACCAUCGGCGGUACCCCGCCAUCAAGCCCGCUCGCCGCAGCCAUCUGGCGCCGCCCGCCGCAGUAUUCCCGAGCAGGAGUCUCUCGUGAACCACCUCUGCCCAUCAUCCAUGACCGCCUGCCCCAUCUCAUCGAGCAGCUCGCUGGCGUCAAUCCCAACGUCGUUGGCUGAGUGGCUUGAGGAUGGAUUCGAGUGCGUGGACUUCAGUGCCGAUCUCGUCUCUUGUGGCGGUUGCAGCAGUCUUGAUACGAAGUGA